CCAGGCCGGAUUUCUAAAAAGGGGGCUGAGUGGCUAAAGGGACGACAACACCGGAAUGAGGAAAUUGACGAGGGUAAGUCAUGUGCAAAAACAAAGUUGUUCAAUGCUGAUAACCGUACAACCUGAUGCACCACGGGUCACUCUGCACAAGUCUCCCAGAGGUGCUCCCCGUCUCUGUCUCUCCAUCGAAACCCACAGCAGCCCCUCCACGCGCUCUCCCCGGAUCCAGCCAUGUCUUUUCUCCUCCUCACAGUCUUGUAUUCACUUCUGGUGCACGAUGCGGAGGCGUGGGGCAACAAUGUGAAGUACGCGGUGAACUGUCCGGACAGAUGCAACGCGGAGCGGUGCGGCGGGACGCAGCGGUGCACACGGACCGUCCUGGACGACUGCGGCUGUUGUCAGGUGUGUGCAGCCGGCAGAGGGGAGCACUGUUACCGCACCGUGUCGGGCAUGCACGGGGUGAAGUGUGGACCAGGAUUAUUCUGCGAGUUCUACAAGGAUGAGGACGACUAUGGAGACGAGUAUGGCAUCUGCAAAGACUGCCUGUAUGGGACUUGGGGAGUUGAGUGCCGCAAGACAUGCAACUGUAAAGGUGGCAUAUGUGACAGAGAGACCGGAGCUUGCCUCAACCUCAAAUUCUUUGCCAAAAUCGCCAGCAAGCUCAAGACUGAGCCACAAAUAGGUGGAGAGUUGGGCUCAGGAGAGGUCAGCGCUGCUCAGAGCACGGACCAGCACUCAGACAGAUCCACGGUUCAGAAGCGGCUCAACCCUCGCUGACAGGUGCUGUGGAGACUGAAUCUGUUCAGUGUAAAUGUAGCAUUAACUUAUAAAUGAACUGAAAGAUAUAUUUUAUUAUGUUAAACAAUGAUGUCAAACCCCUUUUUGCAGCAUUACAGAGUUUUAUUUGGUUGUUUGGUUCUCAGUUGAAAUCAUUAUCUAUAAAUAUGCAGAUGAAAUAUGUUAUUCUCUUCAAGUUUUGUCUUUUAUAUUUUAAUUUAAAUAACCUAUUUUGUUUGUUCCCAUCAGCAUCCACAGUAUGCUUACAUUUCUUGUUAAGUGCACAGCAAUGUUUCUCAUUGAUUUAUUCUGAUGUGAAUAAGUUUUCCAUGAAUAUGGUUUGUUUGUACUGUGAAGGCCAGCAUGUAAAAUAUAAUGUAUUUGACACCAGCCAAUGUAAAGAAUGCUCUUACAAUUAAAACCAAAGCUAUCA